AUGAUGUUUCCGACUAAAGCCCCUCGCGUCGACAGAGAUAUUCUCGCUUCCAACUCUCAUUUAACGAAUAAACGUGGUCCUUGGUGGCACGACCGAGGAUUGCUUAAACUCAAUCUCCUUAUCAUGAUACCGUUGAUGAGUGAAUAUGUGCAGGGUUAUGAUGCUAGUCUCAUUAACAAUGUGCAGCAGUUGAAGAGUUGGCAGAAUGAAUUCCAUAACCCAAAGGGCUCACUCUUAGGUAUUUUGUCGGCGAGUUAUUGGGUGGGAAAUGUCUUGGGAGUAUUCUUUAUCACGCCGCUAAGUGAUAGGUUUGGUAGGAGAAUGGCGCUGUUCUUUGGUAGUGUAGUUGCAAUACUUGGAACAGCUCUUUGCACCGGAGCCAUUAAUGAGAAAGAAUACAUGGCCGAGCAUUGUAAGACAAAGGCUGAUGGAAACUUAGCUGGUAUGUUCAUCGUCGGUAGACUUCUAUUAGGGAUUGGAGGAGUGGUUGUUGGAGCAAUUGGACCUGUAUUAGUAGCGGAGCUUGCGUAUCCGGAUCAUCGUGCGACCGCGACUGCGCUUUCAAAUACCCAAUACUCAAUGGGCUCGAUCAUCGCUGCCUGGGUAACUUUUGGUACAUUUCGAUUGAACUCCACAUGGUCAUGGCGCAUUCCCUCAAUCUUUCAAGCUUUGCCCUCUGUCGGCCAGGCAAUUGGUAUCUUCUUUCUUCCCGAGUCACCUCGUUGGCUUGUAAGCAAAGGUCGUGAAGAUGCUGCUUUGGAUGUAUUGUCUAAGUAUCAUGCCAAUGGAGAUCGAGAAGAUGAGGUCGUACAGUUCGAAUACAGGGAGAUAGUUGGAACAAUCGAGUUAGAGAUCUCAGCAAAACAAUCGAGGUGGAGUGAGAUAUGGAAAGGUAAAGGAAACCAAUGGAGAAUGUUUAUUAUGAUUUUCUUUGGAAUCUGCAAGCAAUGGUCAGGAAAUGGCGUAGUUUCAUACUACUUACAUACAAUGCUCGACGACGUUGGAAUCACAACUACACUCCAACAAACUCUCAUCACUGCAACCUCCCAAAUGUUCUCCUUUGCUUGUUCUGUCGGUUUUGCGUUUCUACCUGCUCGAGUAGGUCGUCGACCUCUUUUGCUCUGGUCAAUGGGUCUGAUGUGGCUUGUUUUUACAAUAAUCACCAUCCUUACUGGUGUGUUCACUCACACUGGAUCCAAAUCCGCUUCUUAUGCUUCGGUUGCUUUUAUAUAUCUGUACAGCGGAGUACACAACUUGGGAUGGACAGGUGCCAUGAUGCUUUAUGUGGUUGAGAUUUUGCCUUACACGUUGCGUGCCAAAGGCAUUUCACUAUUUUGGUUAGUUACGGGUUUAGCGGGUGCAUUCAAUACCUAUGUGAACCCAUUAGGUCUUGCAAGAUUUGGCUGGAAGUUCUAUUUCUUCUAUGUAGCAUGGAUUGCCGUCGAAUUUGUCGUGGUGUACUUUGCUUGUCCUGAAACGAAGGGAACAAGUCUGGAAGAUGUAGCUUUGGUCAUUGAGGGAAACGAUGCUAAAGUUAGCAAGAUGAACUCAGUGAAAGAAGCGGUGAUAGAGAAAGAGGAUGGAAUCACGGAACACGUUGAGAAGACGAGAUAA